AUGCAGUGUGAUCAAUGUCUCCGCGAUCAGAAGACCCGAGCUUUCUGCUAUUUUUGUUCGGCCAUUUCCAAGUUACCAACUUGCGCUCAGUGCGGUAAACAGAAGUGCAUGUCAAAAACGGGAGACUGCGUUAUCAAACAUCCUGGAAAGUUCACUACAGGCAUGGGUAUGGUAGGUGCCGUUUGCGAUUUCUGCGAGGCUUUCAUAUGCCAUGGGAAGAAGUGCCUCACUACUCAUGCUUGCUCUUGCCCGCUAAGGAAUGCUGAGUGCAUAGAAUGUAAACGUGGUGUUUGGGAUCAUGGUGGUCGGAUUUACAACUGCAGUUAUUGUUUCGAUUUCUUGUGCGAAGACGACCAAUUCGAACAUCAAGCGAGCUUGUCAGCAAGUCUGUCAUGCAAUCGUCUCGGUGCGUACACAUGUAUGCGGUGUAAAAUCUGUUUCUGUGAUGAACAUGUUCGACGUAAAGGGGUGGUUGUGAGUAAAUCACAGGAGAUACCCUGCCCGAAAUGCACUUGUCCCGUCAAAGAAACCAAGGAUUACAGUGUAUCUGUACGACGACAUGAAUACGGUAGACAACAUCGUCCAGAUUAUGAAGCGGGUGAUGACGACGAUGGAGAGUACGCAGCCGGUUACACUUACAAGUAA